UGAAAGACAAUUGAAUAGUUAAAUCAUUAACACGUUGCAUUAUAUAAAAAUUAAUUAAAAAUGCUUUCUCCGGAGGAACCACAACUUAAAAUAUACAUGCUAAAAGCGGGCUUGGAUGAAACUAAAAAUACGUUACUGUCGCAGACUGACGUUCUCCUUUCCAUUGAAGAAGAGAGUGAGCAACUGAGUGAAGAGAACAAAAAAGUUUUACGAGAAUCGCAUGCCUUAAAUGCUAAAGUUGAGAGUUUGAAACUAGAAAACGUCCGUCUCUCGGCCAAAAGGAUCAUAAUUAUGCAACAGUGUGAAGAGGCUACAACUUGUCUGGACCGCACAAAAGAAAACCGAGAUCUGAUUUUUCAACAGAUAAAAGAUGAACUAACUAACUCGGAAAUUAUGUUACGUCAGUAUGAGGAUCACCUCUUUGAGAUUGCAGAAAGAUACAGGAAGAACCCGGUAUACGGUAAUGAGGAAGCCAUAAAAAUCGAAACGGAGAAGAUGAAAGAAACAAUAUCUGAACUUGAACAUGAGGAAGCUAAGCAUCAGAACAUAGUCGAACUCUUGCAGCGUGAGUUGGACAGUUUUGGGACUUCUAUACCUGAAGAUAUAUUGGAUAUUGUCGGCAAACGUGAUUUGGAGGAGAAAAUUAACGCAAUUAACGCCGAAGUCGAAACCCUGACACAGAAGAAAGAUAAUCUUUUAACUUGCCACGGUAACAUGGCUCUAUUCCUUGAACAAAACAUCAAUCAAUAAUGAUAUCAAAAUUCAACAUUAAUGAACGUUUCUUGGUAUAUUGUAGUUGUUAGAAAAUAAAGUUAUGAACUAC